GGAGGCUGCUGCAUGUGUGUGUGUGUGAAAAUGAUGGGAGGGGAUUUACUCCGACACUAAGAAACCAUUAAUGUAAAAGAAUGAAUGACUUUUAAAAUGUAUGAUUUAAUAAAAUUAAUUGUAUUUAGUAUAUUGUGAUUGGCACAGGAUUUUGAAGAGAAAUGAGCUAAUGAUAAAUGUAAUUAAAUCCAAUUGACACUAGGUGAUUGUACGUCCAGACUGGAAGAUUGAGGGAGAGAUACAAAUCAGCACUUGGCAGAGUAUAAAAGAGUGCACACAGGAGUAUCCAGUGUUGUUACGUCCUCUAGUUCUUGUAAUGAGCAGAAGACAUCAUCAGCUAUGGGAUUCCACAGUUAGAAAUUAUAGCAAGUAACACCAACCAAUGCCAACACUGUGGUAAGAACAACCAAAUCUAUGAUAUCCACACAGAGACGGGCACUUUGUGCAUCUUUGAACACUACUCCACCAUAAAAAUAUGCUGUCAUGCUGUUAUUUUCUGUGUCGUGUUGCUGUUUGCCUGUUCGUCUAUUCUGUAGGUACAUUGAGCUCAUAUCCGGGGCUCAGUUCCUUGUGUGUGUACACAUAACUGGCCAAUGAAGAUGAAUGUCGUUAUUCUCUUUUGUUUGUUUUUUGUUUUCUCCUGCUGCACUCUCGUCCAAAUUCCAGUAGGUGGCAGCAACGCUCCUGUAAGUUAGUUUGGCAACGACCAUAAAACUCGCGAGAAGAAGAGCUCCGUCACAGUCACGUACCGCUUGUACUCAGCAAUCAUUACGGCUCUAGCGACUACACCCUGCAAGGAGGCAGGCUGGGGACAAAGCUACAGCGGAUGGAUGCUUCGAGCUGAGCUACGCUGGGCUGAGGCAAGUCUCUUUUUGUGCAAUGGAAGUGAAGGGAUGCCGCCAGCGCUGGAAAUUAAAUUGCAGAGAGCUACAGAGCAAGAGAUGCUCAACUCCAGAAGUCACUGAAAGAGUCAAGAUAGAAAAGGGGGACAAAGAAGAGCCAUACAAAGGUGUUACCAUGGCAGCAACCUCCAAGUAUCUGACAGGCAGGCAAUAUCUCACUAGGAAGCCUCUGUUUUCUGUAGAAGAGCAUGUGUCCAUCUUAAAGAAGACACGUCCACAGAGGCUCAUGGAAAAGGAGAAACAACAGGACAGAAGUGAACAUCAUAAUAUUAAAUUCUUGCCCAAACCAAGAGAGGAGCUCAUCCCACAGAGACUUAGCCUGUCUCCCAUUGAAAUAUCACUUCCCUCUAGCUCUGAAGAAGACCUGGGCUCACCCUUGGGUGUUUCAGAGCUGCACCAUGAGGACUCCGCUACAUUUGGAACAUCUUUCCCUGGAAACAGAUUGGCUCAGCAGAGCCUCUCAAGGUCUAACUUUAAAGUCUGUGGACUUGACCUUCCCCCGAAGCCCAGACUGACCUCCACGGUCCUUUAUCCUACGUACAGCCCCUGUUCAAACAAACGAAGCCAAGCUCAGCGUGUGAUAGAGAGCCGGAGGGAGAGAAGUUGGAGAGAAAGAAAACGGUGUUCUUUUGGAGUAAACUCAAAAGAGAUUCCCAAGUCUCCCUAUCAGGCAGACUACUGGGCCUGUGCAAUCCCUGAAACUCUGCCCCCAUCUCCAAACAGGCACUGCACAGCAUGGGACCCAAACAAGGAGUACCAGGAACUGCUGGAUUACACCUACCCACUAAGACCAAGACAGGUAGACAGUGAAUGGGACAGCUCCAAGAGCCUUCAGGAUGACAGCCUUCAGACAAACCUCAACCUGCAGGACUCAGGAAUUGCAAUGGGCCACCUAUGUAGUUCCACCAGCCUGCCAGGGUUGGACAUUUCAACCGGUGCAAAAGGACAGAGCAGUGAAAGAAUCGCUCUCAGCUCGAAUUAUAUGUCACCUGACCUGCAGUUUAUCACUAGCUCUUCAGGUGAACCACUAUCCCUGCUCUCUUUGUCCUCGGACUGUCUGGACUGCAGUGAGGAUGGAGGGGAAAGAAAUCCUUUUGUUAAUGAUGGUCUCAAUUAUCAGCACCAUAUGCGAUCCACAUCUGCCUUUUCUGCUUUCAUACGCUCUGAAAGUGUACUUCGACAGUCCAGGUGUGUGCACGGGGACCUGGAUGAGGAAUUCUGGCCUCUUCCAGACCGGGUGGAGGAGCUGCAGCUCCUGUCCAGACAGGUGAGGGAGAUGACAGCUCAGCUGAGCUGGCCUGUCACAGCUAACUGGGACUCUCUGGAAACAUGCACCACCUCCUGGCCCUCUUCUAUCAGCUUGUCAGGAAAACAAGAGGAAAGGACUAAAGUCAAGGAGCUCCAGGAGGACAAACAAGACAGAAAUGACUUUAAAAAGUGGAGCACAGAGCACAAAAAUGCUCCUCCAACAGCAGCGGUUUACGUAGGGCAUGCUGACGGUGGCUUGGGUCGCCCUAGUCUCAAGAAGGCCGAGACUCUGGUGGACCGGCUGUGUGGGCUCAGCCUGAUUGAUAAUCCAAAGGAGAGCUUGGAGGGCCAGGAGCACAGUGACUCUCUGAUGCAACACAUCAAGGUCUUCUGUUCUCACCUGGAGCUGCUCAUCCAGCAGCUGAAUGCCAUGUCAGAGAAGAUGGAGCUGCUGACUGAACCCACUGUGGACAUGGAUCGUGGGAAGUCAUCUCUGGCUGACUACCAGAGCUUUCAGAGAGAACUUAGCAGCCAUCAGCCGCUGGCCUCCUGCGUUCUGAAUACGGGACAGCUACUCCUCAGCUGCAUCAACAGCACCUCUCCAUUUUUAAAAGACACCCUGCUCCUGAUUGAGAGUCAGUCAGAAAUGCUGCAGGCCCACAAUGAACACUUCUUCUCCUCCAUCCUGUCUGCUAUAGACAGCCUGGGUCAGCCCAAUCAAGCCAGUCCUGUCCAGCAGAGCACAAAGUGUCCUGUAGUGGUCCAAGAGUCAACUUAACAGACCCAACAACAGCUGACCAGACCUCAUGGCACGUCUGCAUCCCAAAUAUAAAUAUUUGGUGUUAUUUCUGUCUAAGAACUCUGCCUUUGAUGCAAGGCUCUCAUUUACUAUUCACAAAAAACACCAGUUCAUUUUUCACAUAAGCCUUCAGGACCAGCACCGAGCCACCAAAACACAAAAUUGUUCUUUUCUUAGUCUUAAUAUCGCACUGUUUUUCUGCCUAUACUUAAUAUCACAUUUGUCUUUUCCAAGACAUUCACAGAAGUCAAAUUCUGUUAACCAUUUCUUUUCAAAAAGGAUCUCUGUAAUCUGAUUUCCAGACACCAAAGUAAAUCAAACACUACAUUAGUGCAGCGACUAGAUAAACUAUUGUGAGGCAAACAGAGACACAUAGUGUGCAGCACAUAUAUCAUGGCCCACAAUGAACACAGAAGCUUUUUACUCCAAAAGAUAAUGUUUCAAUUACUCCAGGGCAGGAACAUAAAACAGGACAAAU